AUGGCCGCGCAAACCCCAUCCACCAAAUCCGAGCUCGACCCCGCCUCAACAUCAGCAUGGCAUAGUUCAGACGUAGCCCAACAGUACAAAUUCGCCGAGAACGCAACGCGGCCAUUUGCUGCUCUCAUGGUAUCAAAAACCCAUCUCGCGCACAGCGUCACCUCGAAACCCGCGCGCAUCUUCGACCUAGCGUGCGGGACCGGCGCGGUAGAAGCGGAGAUGUACUCUGCGAUCGAGCAGCACAAAUGGGACGCUGUCGAGGUCCUAGCCGGCGACAUCAGCCAGCCGAUGGUGGACUACCUGGCCAGGCGAGGGGAGCGCGAGGGGUGGAGAGGUCUGACGACCCGUGUUGUGGAUGGCGCGAAGCUCGAUGUGAGCCUGCAAGAAGAAGCGUUCACGCAUGUUUUUGUCGGCUUCGGCAUCUUCCUUCUCCCCCUCGAUACGCUGCGCAAACUCGCGGGGCUGCUGCAUCCUGGUGGUGCGCUCGCAGUGACUACCUGGGCUACGGUGCCGUGGUAUCAGCUGCUGGAGAAGACGUACGCCCGUAUCGAGAAUGGGCCGGAGCUACCAUCUCCGAUGCAGCUUUGGGGCGUGAUGACGAAUGGGAGGCCGUGGUAUGAGUCUUCGUUUGUCGAGCAGCAGCUGCAAGAGGCUGGGUUGCGGGGUGUUGAGAUGGUGCAGAGGAGAUUAAAAAUAGACUGUGGAACGCCCGAGGUUUUUAUGACGACUAUGGGGUUCGUCGUGGGGAUGUUGAGUAAGAUGUGGAGGGAGGAUUUGAGGGAGAAGUGGGUGAAGGAAGUUGUGGAAACGAUGAAGGCGGCCGCGGUAGAGGAGGCGGGCGGGAUGGACAAGCCGGUGUUUAUGGAUUGCGAGGGGAUUGUCGGGGUAAGAUGGAAGGGGGAGUGA